GGGGAGGAGGGCAAUAUGGCGGGCGGGCGCGGCGCGUUAAUCGUGCUGGAAGGGAUGGACCGCGCCGGGAAGAGCACGCAGAGCCGGCGGCUGGUUCAGGCGCUGCAGGCCGCCGGGCACCGCGCCGAUCUCCUCCGCUUCCCGGAGAGGACGACGGAGAUCGGGCGGCUGAUCGGCGCCUACCUAUCGAGAGAGAGGGAGCUGGAGGACCACGCCGUGCACCUGCUGUUCUCCGCCAACCGCUGGGAGCACGUAACAUCAAUGAAAGAGAAGCUCCAUCAAGGGAUCACGCUUGUAGUUGACAGAUACGCCUUUUCUGGAGUGGCCUUCACAAGUGCGAAGGAGAACUUCUGCCUGGAGUGGUGCAAACAGCCUGAUGCUGGCCUCCCAAAGCCAGAUGUGAUUCUCUUUCUUCAGCUGAGCCCAGAGGAAGCAGCAGCACGAGGGAACUUUGGAAAAGAACGUUAUGAGAAUGGCCCCUUCCAAAAAAAAGUUCUGCAGUCUUUCCAUCAUUUGAUGAAUGAGAAGACAUUAAACUGGAAGACAAUGGAUGCUUCAAAGAGCAUAGAAGACUUGCACAGAGAAAUCAAGAGCAUUGCAGAGAAAACCAUGCAGGAGGUUAAGGAUAAACCCUUGGGAGAACUGUGGAAGUAGAGCAGUGCAGGUCAUUCUCAGUCCUAAUGAAGACUCACCUCUUGGACCUUCUUUGGCCGGAUGAUUCCUACAUCACCUUCCAGUAACCACACCUUAGGUCACGAUGUAUUCGUAUGGGUCAAGCUUGUCCUUGUAACAUCCUCUGCUCCUCUUCCAUUCUGCAUAAUCCCCAGGAGCUUCUUUUUAUAAAUGAACGUGUAACAAUUCUUUUGAAACAAUUCCUCCCUACCUCAAGUAGGAUCUCUUUUGUUGUAGGCUGUCCUUUAGUGCAGAUGUGGCAACUGAGCUGAGUUUCCACAAACAUAGACAGCUUCAGCAGGUGAGGAACAGCUUUCCCAUACUUGAAGUUCCAUGCAAUGACCGUGUUUCUGGUUCUGUUUCUUUAGUGGAAUACAUCCCUGUACUGAACCCAGCUUGUUUUUACAAUAAACUGCUCUUUUAAACAUUUUGUACCACA